CGCAACUCCACCGCUGACAGUUCAGAGAAUCAGUUGUUAUGCUAGUAGCGGCUAACGUAGCCUGGAGCUGCUAGCCUCCAGCAGAGACGAGGAGCAGGCUACAAAGACUGUCCAGAUGAAUCCCAUGACACAGCUGUACUACAAGAAGGCGACGUAUUCGCCGUACCGCGACCGCAUCCCGCUGCAGAUCGUCCGGGCUGAAGUGGAGCUGUCUGCGGAGGAGAGAGCCUACCUCACCGCAGUGGAGAAAGGUGACUAUGCGGGCGUCAAACACGCCCUUCGCGAGGCGGAGGUCUACUACAACAUGGACGUGAACUGUCUAGACCCUCUGGGCCGCAGCGCGCUCCUCAUCGCCAUCGAGAACGAGAACCUGGAGAUCAUGGAGCUCCUUCUCGACCACGGCAUCCACACGGGCGACGCCUUGCUCUACGCCAUCAGGAAGGAGGUGGUGGGCGCCGUGGAGCUGCUGCUGUCGCACCGGAGGCCCAGCGGCGAGAAACAGGUUCCCGCACUGAUGAUGGACAUUCAGUUUUCAGAGUUCACCCCAGACAUAACUCCCAUCAUGCUCGCUGCUCACACCAACAACUACGAGAUCAUCAAGCUGCUCGUCCAGCGGAAGGUCACCAUUCCCAGACCACACCAGAUACGAUGUGACUGUGUUGAGUGUGUAUCCAGUUCAGAGGUCGACAGCCUUCGGCAUUCACGGUCUCGACUCAACAUCUACAAGGCUCUGGCCUCGCCCUCGCUCAUCGCGCUGUCCAGUGAAGAUCCCAUCCUCACUGCCUUCAGAUUGGGCUGGGAACUCAAAGAACUCAGCAAGGUGGAGAAUGAGUUUCGUCAGGAGUAUGAGGAGCUGUCGCAGCAGUGCAAACGUUUCGCCAAGGACCUCCUGGAUCAGGCCAGGAGUUCUAGAGAGCUGGAGACUAUUCUGAACCACAGAGACAACGACCAGAGUGAGGAACUGGACCUCAGACAGUGCCAUGACCUGGCAAAGCUCAAACUCGCCAUCAAAUACCACCAAAAAGAGUUCGUGGCGCAACCAAACUGCCAGCAGCUCCUCGCCACGCUGUGGUACGACGGCUUCCCGGGCUGGAGGAGACGACACUGGGUGGUCAAACUGGUCACCUGCUUCAUCAUCGGACUCCUGUUUCCUGUCUUCUCACUGAUCUACCUGUUGGCUCCUAAGAGCGCGUUGGGUCGUUUCAUCAAGAAGCCCUUCAUCAAGUUCAUCUGUCACACUGCGUCCUACCUGACCUUCCUCUUCCUCCUGCUGCUGGCCUCGCAGCACAUCGCCCGGACCAACCUGCACAUGCAGGGACCCCCACCCACCAUCGUGGAGUGGAUGAUUCUCCCGUGGGUGCUGGGCUUCAUCUGGGCAGAGAUUAAGGAGAUGUGGGACGGGGGAUUCACAGAGUACAUCCACGACUGGUGGAAUCUGAUGGACUUCGCCAUGAACUCCCUCUACCUGGCCACCAUAUCACUGAAGAUAGUGGCCUACGUUAAGUAUAACUCCUCUCGUCCCAGGGAGGAGUGGGAGAUGUGGCACCCGACGCUGAUAGCCGAGGCUCUGUUCGCCAUCGCCAACAUCUUCAGCUCGCUCAGACUCAUCUCCCUCUUCACCGCCAACUCACACCUCGGGCCGCUGCAGAUCUCACUGGGACGGAUGCUGCUGGACAUUCUCAAGUUUCUCUUCAUUUACUGUCUGGUCCUGCUGGCGUUCGCUAACGGUCUGAACCAGCUGUAUUUCUAUUAUGAGACCAAGGCCUCAGAGGAACCCAGUAACUGCAAGGGGAUCCGCUGUGAGAGGCAGAACAACGCCUUCUCAACGUUAUUUGAGACUCUCCAGUCUCUGUUCUGGUCCAUAUUUGGUCUUUUAAACCUGUACGUCACCAACGUGAAGGCCCGGCACGAGUUCACAGAAUUCGUCGGGGCAACCAUGUUCGGGACGUACAACGUCAUCUCGCUGGUGGUUCUGCUCAACAUGCUGAUCGCCAUGAUGAACAACUCCUACCAACUCAUCGCUGACCAUGCCGACAUCGAGUGGAAGUUUGCCCGCACCAAGCUGUGGAUGAGCUACUUCGACGAGGGCGGGACACUGCCGCCUCCGUUCAACAUCAUCCCCAGCCCCAAGUCCAUCUGGUACCUGCUCAUGUGGCUCCACAACAAGCUGUGCAGGAGAGGCCAGCCGCCCGGGGAGGACACGCACAAAUGUGAAAACCUCCGAGAGUUCACGGAACGUCACGCUGACAGUCUGAUACAAAAUCAGCAUUACCAGGAAGUAAUCCGGAACCUGGUGAAGAGGUACGUGGCGGCCAUGAUACGCAGCGCCAAGACGGACGAGGGACUGACGGAGGAGAACUUCAAGGAGUUGAAGCAGGACAUCUCCAGUUUCCGCUACGAGGUCCUGGAUCUCCUCGGUAACCGGCGUCCUCCCCGGCGACACUACUCAUCCUCCAGUGAGAAUACGAGAGACGAUGGCGCCAUGGCCUCGGAGGACGACAGCGAAUCGGGCGGCGACGGCAGCGGAGGAGGUGGAGGCGGAGGCGUAGGCGGAGGUGUAGGCCAGAAGUCGAAGGGCGUGAGCUUCAUGACUCCUCUGGAGGACGACACAAGGCCGACGCCGACGCUCGGUGUCUCCGCUUUGGUGCGCUCCAUUUCUGGAAUGACCCGGAUAGAAAGAGGAGAGGAAGAGGAGGGGGAGCUGGAGGAAGGCAUUGGAUGGGGGGAGGAGGAGGAGGAGGAGGGGAAACCAAAGAGCAACGGGCUGAAGACGACCGUCAUCCCUCCGUCCUCCACCAGCGCCCUCCCCUCCCCGUCUUCAUCGUUCUCCUCUUCGUUCUCCUCGUCGUUCGCUCGUACGCGGAGCCGGCUGCAGCGCCUCUCGUCUCCAGGAGCAAAGACGGACUCUUUCAAGCGCCUCUCCUACCUUUUCUCACGCUCCAAACGCAAAGCCCCACCCAUGCCCCUCCCCCUCCAGUCCCCGCCCUCCUACACCAUCUCCGACGGGUUGCUCCGCCCCCUCGGGAGCCACAGCCACUCCGACUUCGGACUCAGCGGCGUGACCAGAAGCGAGACUCACCUGAACGAGGUGGGCCGCUCGGCCGACAUCAAUAACCCCUCGUUCUCGCCGCGGAGAACGAACGGGCGGGACUCGCUCCUGACGCUGCCCCUCCCUCCCCCAUGCCCCUGCCAAUCCCUGCACUGUGCUUCCAACAUGUCCGAGUCCAGCUCGCGCCUCCUGGACUCCAGCGAGGACGUUUUCCAGGGCGGAGGCGUGGGAGGAGCGGGCGAGGGCGGCGUGGACGGACGAGGCGGGCGGAUGAUGAUGGGCGGGUGGGUGGGACCCUGCGACGAUGUCAUAGAGGACAGCUGUGAGGUCAUAGAGGACUCGGUCACCACGCAGCUAUAG